AUGAGUAUUGACUAUUCUUUGUUUGCCAAUGUGUCUGCAUCAGUGCCAGCAAUAUGGCACUAUUCAACAGGUUUAGUUUCUUUAUUAUGCUUAAUAUGUGGUACGUUAUCAAAUGGCAUCGUUUUGUUUAUAUUUAUUAAAGAUCCAAAUUUACGACAACCAAGAAAUUUUUUUAUUAUCAAUCUUGCUAUUACUGAUCUUGGAUUACUUCUAUCAAAUAAUACAUUACAUGUUAUUGCAUCAUUUAAAAAACAAUGGAUUUUUGGACAAAUAGGUUGCAAUUUGUAUGCUAUAUGUGGUGGUGUAUUUGGUCUAGGUUCUGUUACAACAAUGGCAGCUAUUUCAAUUACUCGUUUAGUAGCUGUAAUCCGUCCACUUAGUUCAUUGACAUUAAGUAGUCAAUUUACAAUAAAAUGUCUUAUAUAUAGUUGGAUUUAUGGUUCAAUUUGGAUAAUGCCACCAUUAUUUGGUUGGAGUCGUUUUGUUUUCGAAGGUUUUGGUACAACAUGUACAUUUGAUUAUUUUUCUCGAGGUUAUUGGGAUAAAUUAUUUAUAUUAACAUUAGUAACCGGUGGUUUUUUAAUUCCAUUAUCAAUCAUUUUACUUUCAUACAAAUUUAUUUUAAUAAAAUUAAAUAGACGUAGUCGUCGUCUAACAUAUCGAAAUAGUGAUGAACAAAAUCUUCAAUUACGAUCAAGACAAUCAAAUGUUUAUAGUUUUCAAUCAGCAAAUUCUGUAACUGAUACAAGAAAGCAAAGUGAAACAGUAACAAUUUGUGAAGCCAAUGGAGAAAAUCAGAUAGUACGAAAUAGUUAUCUUACAGAAGCUCGUGCUAGACGUACAGUAUUAUAUAUUUGUGCUAUAUUUUGUAUAGCAUGGGGACCUUAUGCAUUAACGGCUGUUCUAUCACAGUUCGGUUUUGAUCGUUUCAUAACUCCAUAUACAACAGCAAUGCUUGGUUUAUUUACAAAAACAGCAGCAUGUGUUAAUCCAUUAAUAUAUGCACUUUCAUCAGUGACAUUUCGUCAACAACUACGUAGUUUGAUGAAUUCUUUUUAUACAUGCGGACAAACGUCUCAUUCUUUAUCACCAUAA